UGCCUCCACCUCCCUCCCUGAUAGAAGAGAAAGAAGAAGAAGAUUCUAGAAGUCACCAGAGAGAUCACUGAGCUGCUGACAGGAGAGGUUCCUAUAAGGUGUCAGGGUGUCACUGUCUAUUUCUCCAUGGAGGAGUGGGAGUAUUUAGAAGGACACAAGGAUCUCUACAAGGACGUCAUGAUGGACAAUCAGCCGCCCCUCACAUCACCGGAUGGAUCCAGUCAUGGGAACCCACCAGAGAGAUGUCCCCGUCCUCUGUAUUCCCGGGAUUCCACACAGGAAGGUCACACCAUCCCUCACCAUCAUCAGAGUGGAAUCCUCGGGGAUGAUAAUAUUGAUGUUAAAGAAGAGUAUAAAGAGGAGGAUGAGGAGUAUGGAGUGAUGGAGGAGUUUUCAGAAGGACACAAGGAUAUGAUGGAGCCACCUAAUACCAGGAACCCACCAGAGAGAUGUCCCCGUCCUCUUUAUUCCCGGGAUUCCACACAGGAAGGUCACACCAUCCCUCACCAUUGCAAGAGUGGAGAUCCAAUCGAUAUAGAAUUUGAGGUGAAAGCAGAAGAAGAAGAGGCGUAUGUGAGGGAUGAUCAGCAGUCUAUGGAGGAGGAUGGAAUAACGGGGACAUUUAUAGAGGAGGACACUCCUACAGAGAUCAGCACAGUCCAUGGCCGGGAGAUGAGGAAAACCUCCGAGGAUUGUCUCACUUUGUCUCCAGACUGGAAAGUAGAAGAUGAGGACAUCACACAGUAUAGUCCAGGAGAAAACCCGGCUCCCUCCAAUGUCCAU